GUCCGACUCUACCCGACAGCUCAGGGCCGAAAUUGAGGCACUGCGGAGGGGCUUCGUCCAGGAGGGCCAAGAGAGAGACGACCAGAUCGCCGCGACGCGUGCCGAUCUGUUUGAGCACCGCCGGUUGGUCUCCGAUCGGCUUACCACAGCAGAUCGAGAGAUCCGGCGAUUGGCCGAGUCGCUGGAGUUGCAACGCCUAGCGCCGCCACCCCCGAGCAUGCCUACGGCGCAGUUGCAGGCACUUUGGGACGAAGUCUCACGGCUGACGGAGCGAUCCCAGCGCCUUGAGGCAGAGGUCAAACAGGACCUGGACGCUAACGCAGCUUGCCAGUCUUUGCCGGUCAAUGGGGCAGCGCGAAAGGCUGCCCUGGAUGCCGUGGCCAAGCUCGAGGCUGCUGCCAAAGCCCUUUCGCAAAGCUGUGCGAAUAGCAUCGCA